GUUGCCAAGUGUCAUAUGACAUGUCAUUUUUUUUCCCGCUGGAAGCUUCUUUUUCCUCGCUGGCAUCCACAUCAGUUCCCCAAUCCACCCGCUGAAGAUGUUUUCCUAUUAUCUCGCCGACCCCUAAUCCCAGCCGCUGAGCAUCUUUUCCAAUUACUUGCUGGUUACGCAUGAUUGUCAUGAAUGAAUGAGGAAUAACUCACCGGUUACGCAGCCAAUUAACUCGGCGGGGAGCUGCGUGUUGUGCCUUUCCCGCUGUCCUCAAUCCCAUGGGAAUUACACUACGUGAACAGGGCGUUUAAGGGCUCUUAUAUUCAUGCGCAUCAAAGGGAGUUGGGCACAUGCUUUUCGUAAUUCGAUUGUUGAAGGUAUUGUUUAUUAUAUCAAGAACUUUGCUGUUGUUGAUAACAAGAACCGGUAUCGUGUUGUGGGAGACAACAAAGUUAUGAUCCAACUGUAUGCAAACUCUACUGUCAAACGCCUUCCUGAUGAUACAUCCAACAUCCCAAUGCAUCGCUUUGACCUACUACCCUUUGAUAUGGUUGAGACCAGAAUGAACCAAGAAUAUAUCCUUACAGAUGUAGUUGGUCACAUUUGUAGUGAGGGCAAGAUAGAGGAGAAGCACAUUCAUAACCGUAUGGUGCCUUGCCUUAUGCUAGAACUACAGGAUAGGAGGUAAGUCAUGCUUGGAUAUAUGAUAUCAACAAGAACAAUGGUUGGUAUUACAAUUCAUGCCGUAAUUGCAAACGGUUGAUCAAAGCAUGCGGAGACAAGUUUUGGUGCAAUAAAUGCCAAACAGUAGUGGAUGAUGCUGUUCCGAGGUAUCGUCUAGAUGUUGGGGUGAAGGAUGAUAACGAGUUUACAAGGUUUAUAAUCUUUGAUGAGGAAGCUGAAAAGACUAUUGGGCAAUCAGCCAUGAGCGUGUAUGAUAUAGAAGACAAAAUUGAGGGAAAUGAAUCAGAGGGAGAGUUGCCAGCGUUGCUUGCCAACAUUAUUGGUCGUCGUUUUGUUUUCCGUGUCAAACUUACCGAAUACAACAAGACUGCUUAUAAUAGGUUUUAGGUAUUCAUUCUUUCAUGUUGGCCAAACCUAAAGAAUUCCAAUUGUAAUUUUCAUGAAGAUUAGGCGCUCUUCUUCAGUCAUGUGUUCUGUCACACCUUACAACAGCCGGGGAAUACAUAAGAAUGGACGUGUUUGCAGCCAUGACAGUGUUAGUGGCAUACACACGACAAGUGAAAGAAUAUCAUCUCACUAGAGGACACAUUACGAUUGAAUUUGGCUUUCUUUGCGUUUACCAAGGAGUACAUUAUUUAUGGAUUGCAUCUGAACACUAUGCAUGAUCAAGUAAAUGAUACUCUGCGGUAUAUUCCAAUAUGCAGUAGCAUCUCAAAACUAUGCUGAAGUAUUUCAUGUCUGAUGAGAAGUUUAUACGAUUUUGACAUACUUUUCGUUUUCCCUUGGCUGAGGAGUAGUAUGGUUUGUGUAAUUUGGUUCCUACACAAUGUCACUUUCAUUCACAACCUUAUUCUUUACUUUCCGUGCCUAUUGAUUAUUAAGGAAACAUACUUCAUCUUAAUUCUUUAGUGAUCAUGGUUUAUGAC